AUGUCUGUCAUUCAGCCUCACAGGGUACUGUUUAUUCCGGAGUUGUUGGGCAUCAUCUUCAGCUUUGUGGACGAAGAUGACCAUGUGAACAAUGCGUGCGUUUGCAAGGAAUGGUCAGAGAUUACACUGGACAUCAUUUGGAGGGAGGUAGAUGAUCUUUCCCGGCUUCUUGCUCUCUUGAGGCCAUACAAGAUGAAGGGACGUUCUUCGAUGGACUGCCAGACUCAAGGGACUGGGCAAGAUUCCAGAAAUAUGCCAAUCCGCGUGCGCAUUCUGCGAUUCCAGCAGGAUGGUGACGUGUACUAUACAGGUCUGCUCGAUGAUAUGGCCAGGACGAGGACAACGCUCGAUAUGCUCCCGAACCUGCAUACUCUGGAAUGGAUAUAUGAAGAUGUCGACUGCAUGGAACGAGCCACACUAUUCAUGCAUCAGCGCCUGAGGCACCUCAUUAUAUCUGCGCCUCCUCUCCGCUACAAAGAUAAAGUUUCAUUUUUUCUCGACGUCUGCAUCCGCGCGCCGCACCUCCACUCACUUGAUCUCCGUGUCCCCUAUCGCGUGCAAUACAUCGAGACAGCCAUCCUAGAACUUCUUCGAGGUCUUCCGGAUCUCAAGAAGGUCAUUUUCCCCGAAUUUUUCCUCACGUCGAGCAUCGUGUCCGAGCUUUCGCGGAUGAAACACAUCAACAUCGUGCAAUUCGAGUAUGGGCACGAGCAAGGGUUCGGUGAAGAAAAGGAUGUGGACACUUUUUCGCCUGUCCUUGAGCAAGGAGCAUUUCCCGCGCUGUGGGACCUAGCCGUCACUGCUCGCAUUGAACAUGUCAUGCGAUUCAUGAAUGCGGACUUUGCGCCCAUCAAUCUCACAUCCCUAUACAUCAACACCUAUGUUGAACACAAACCCGAGGAACUACACACGUUGUUCGUUAUGCUCUCAGAGCGAUGCUGCUGUCUCUCCCAAUUGUACGUCUUACUAGCGCACCACAUCACUGGAGAAUUGGAGCUAGUCCCCGCAAACCAAAUCACGUUCAACACACUUACACCACUACUUUCAUUCCCGAAUCUUGUUACAUUCCAGGUCAUGCACAAAUACCCGGUAAACAUUACUCUGGAGGAGAUCGAGGAACUUGCAUGCCAGUGGCCGUCCCUCGAGAGUCUAGCUCUGAAUGAGGAACCACUUAUCAUGCACGAAUUUACACUUGACUUGCGAGCUCUCGUCCCCUUUGCCCGCCACUGCCCAAAGCUGCGCCGGCUAGGUCUUUUCAUUGACGCCAACCCUGUAAAGAUCCCUCUCACGCUAGAAUUGAAGCCCUUUACAGCCCUUUGUUUCUUGUCUGUAGGAACGUCGCGAGCACGCGACCCGGAAGCCGUCGCUGCGUUUUUGAGCCACCUGUGUCCACCCAAUUGCAAACUCGAAGUUGGUGUAACCUGGACGACGUUUGGCAUCCGUUCAUGUCGUUUACUCGAUGACGACGUGCGGAUGGAGAUAUCAAGACGUUUUCAUCCUUGGAAGAGCGUUAGGGAUAUCUUGCCUGUCCUUAUUCAGCUCCGGAGUGAGGAAAGGGAGAAAUCGAGGGCUCUGCAAGAGGAAGUUGAGGAUCUGAGGAUGAGGACUCGCUUGUUGAUGGACAAGGUCGACAUCAAGGCCAGUGAUUCGUGCAUCAUUGUAUAA